AUACUUUCAACCGGCAUUAUUUGCCUUGCAUCCCGGCAAUGGCACGUCGACCGACUGGAAGCAUUUCAAGGCUCAGACUUCCCGUGCUGAUCGCUUUGGCCAUCGGCACCCAUGUGGCAUUCGUCAUUGGCUGGAACAAGGCACCGGCGCCAGCGCCGGAGUUCCGCACAGCCUUGGCGGCCGUCGUGGCGGAGCCUAAGGCAACCUCAGAGGCUGCCCUGCUGCCGGGUGAGCGCUAUAUUGCUUCAAAUCGCUUCGCAGUGCGGGAGGGCGCAGAGGCUGCCUUUGAGCAGCGCUGGGCCCAGCGAAAGUCGUCCUUGCUGACUCUGCCUGGCUUCCGUUGGUUUUCGCUGAUGCGAAGGGUGGCGACGGAAGGGUCGGACCCACCAGAUGAUUACAGCUACAUCUCCUUCACAAUUUGGGAGACAAAGAAGGACUUCAACUUCUGGAGGAAAGGCCCAGCGUUCAAGGAGGCUCAUGGUGGAGGAGGCAUUAUGGACUUCCUUGGCAUGAUCGUGAGCGGCUUCAUGACCAGCAAGGGUCCGCCAAAGCCCUUCUUCUGGGAAGGCCUGGCGCCGGUGGCCUCCGCCGACUCCCAGCGGCUGCUGUCUGGCCCGGGAGGUCGGCCCGAGGCGGAUGGCAAGACUCUCUUGGACCCCGAGGUCUUUGUGGCCACGAAGCGCUUCAAUGUGGCCAAGGGCCGUGAGGAGGACUUCGAGAAGUUUUGGUCCGAGCGAGGAGACUCCCAGGGCACUGGCUUUCGAUUUUCCCAGCUCCUUCGACGAGACCAAGUCCCAGAUGACAACUGUAACUACCUGGGUGUGACUGUCUGGGAUGACCGAGCGGCCUUUGAGAAAUCAACUGGAAUGGAUGAUGCUGGCAAGCACCUUACAAGCAGUCCAAGCAACGCACAGAGAAGCCGGGCAGUGCAAUUGUGGAAGGGCGUCCGGGGCCAGCGGCCAGAGCAUCCAUGGACAAAAGUCUUCCUGAUGACUAUUGUGCCGACAGGAGAUAUGCUUGCGGGACAGCCGAUGACACUCCUGUACGAAGGCAAGCUCGUGCUUGAAAGUGAGGCUGGGCCUUGAAGUUUGCUCAGGGCAGCUGGCAGCGAGGCUGCGCGUUUCAGCAAUGUCCCGAAGGAGCCCCGCAACGCGUUGCGGGGCUCUUGUACAGACAGGUUCCACCUGGACUCAUGCUUUGCACUAGCCGAUUUAGAUGACCGCUCAAGUGCAGUGGCAGAAGACUUGAAGCUCGAAUCAUGCUUGAUUCAAGCGAUGCCGCGGCGUCGGCCGCUGCACUCAAGUAACACGACUGCAGACCUUG